UAUUUUAGUCAUGUGACCGAAGGGUUUGCAUCAAAAUGGAGGGGGUCUCGAAGGGGAAAUGAGCUGCCGAUGACUUGUGGCAGGUCAACAAAAUGUAGUGCCAGGAUAUGUUUAGAAAAACCAAGUCUAAAACAAAUGUCAAUUUUGGAAGCAAGGAAUCUCUUAAUAGCAAAGAAGGUUCACAGUCUCUAGGAUCAAGUGAAAAUCUAUCUGGCAGCCGCGAGAUGUUACUGGAGGCUGGGCCUAAUAUAUUGAACAAAGCUGCACAGUACCAUGUUCACUACCUGGGAAGUUUGCAAAGCUUUAGCAGUGUCACAGGGAGCAAAAAGAUUGCAUCUACCCAGUUAGUUGACAAAAUAGAAGAAGCACAGAUUCAGGGAAAGUUACCUUUUUUACCUAAGGAGGAUGACAUAGUUACCAUUUUGAUAUCAAAACAUGGCAUACGGCUGUCAAGGAGAGAGGAAAUAAUUGAACGUCACCCCCUCCACACAGUGGCACAAAUGAUGGCCUUUAGCGAUGGGGCAGGGAAACACAACAUUGCAGUGAAGACGGGACAAGUUGGCAAGACCACGUACAGCUGCCACGUGUUCCAGUGUCAGAAUGAAGAACAGUCCCAGAAGAUCUGUCUGAGUUUGAGUAAUAUGUUCCAAGCAUUAAUGCAGAGAUCAUGAGGAAAAGAUGCAAGGACAACUUACAUGUACUAGAACAUGGGAGGAAUCCUAGGUGUGCCUGCAGACCUCUUGUAUGGUUUGCCAAGUAACCUCAGGCACUAUUCAUUCCAGAAAACAAUUUUUCUGUGUAAACUUACUGUAGAAGCUUUUUGCUGUGAGGUAAUGUUUAGAAGUGGUACUUGAAGAGAGUUGUUUAGUGUUCACCCAGUGUUUGUGGUGAUUUAGCCGACAUGUCAGAAAGCAUGUAUUUGCAAAUCAAAAUUGAAAGGAAAGGGGAACUGAGCUUUAUAACAGUGUGACAAAUUAUGCACACCUGUAAGAUGGGACAUAUACUGUUUGAAUGGUCAGUUAAUAUAUUUAUGUACAGGUGUAUCUGCUUCCUAUGCAUCUGUGUAUUUUUUCAUCCACAUCAUGUCUGUGUAUAAUUUCUAAACCCAUGCUCCACUUGUUAAUGUAGAUCAUGAAUUUAUGCGUUUUUAAUUGUCAGCCCUGGGUGUGUCGAAGGUAUCAUUAUGGGGUCAACAGGUACACUCUUUCUGGAAGAUGCCUAGAACAUAACUGCAGCAGUUAAUGUACUUUACAGUGUGAGGUGGUAGGGGUGGACCGUUUCAAAGUUGAAAUGUGUGUAUGACAUUGAGGGUAAAUUAUUCAGAAUGGGCAUAAGGUGCGCUUCUUACUUUCAUGGUCUUGUGGACAUUUAGCUUUAGCUAAUUGGGAGUAUACAGUAUUCAAAACAAAAUGAAACUGAAACACAGUUAUAUCUGAAAGUCCCAAAUGCUCCAUAACAUUUUGCCUUUGUAUUGCGAUUAUCUUAUAUUCUUCAUAGCAAUUUAAAUUGAAGACACAUUUUAAUAAUAUAAUGUGUGGUUUUGGUAGAUGAAACAGUUUAUAUUGAACCAAACAGAAAUGUAGAAAUGGUUCUCUGGAGGUGCUCUUGCAAAUAAAUCAAAGCAUUUCAUCUGGUA